AUGUGGAAGCUGGUGAUCCUAAUCCAAUGCACUGCGCUCAUUUUAAGAGGGGUGGAGCAGGCAGCUUCAUUACAGCCUGAGGAGACAUGGAAACCUUUGGACAACCCCAGAAACAGAGAUCUGUUUUUUAGAACCCUCAAAACUUAUUUUUCUGGAAGAGGACUUGAUCUCAGAAAGUUUCCAGACACUUUGUCAAAGAACAGUGAGAAACCACGGCCAGUCAGUUUCUACUUGGACCCUGUCACUUCUGCAUUUGCAGAUUCUGAAGAACAGAGAAACACUUUUGCAAAUUAUCACAAAGGCUGAGAAAUACGGAUGAAGGUGGCUUCUUAAGGGUGUCAAGAUUAUUUGGAAGCUUCUGUGGGGUAGCAUUACCACUGUGUUUUUAAGCAAUU